AUGUCUAGUGGAGUUGGUGACCAAGCAAUGGACCUUCAACUACGCCUAGAUGCCAUUAUGGGGGAGUUCAAGCAAUUGCUUAAAACCUCCAUUGAACCAUUGCAUGACCGGAUUGACCAGUUGGAAAACUCGAGGAAUCUACAUAGCUCGAGUAAAGGCAAGGAAUCGGUGUACUCCAAUGAUGAAGAGGAUCAGGGAAGGUACCAAACUGAUCACCGUGCACAAAGGCGAGGAGACGACACCAUUAAGGGGGUCAAACUCAAAAUUCCUUCCUUGCAAGGCAAGUCCGAUCCCGAAGCCUACUUGGAAUGGGAACGGAAAAUCGAAUUGGUCUAUGAGUGUCACACCUACUCGGAGGAACAAAAAGUAAAACUUGCAGCCGUGGAGUUCACUGACUACGCCUCCAUUUGGUGGGACCAAUUACGACUAAGCCGAAGAAGAAAUCGUGAAAGGGCCGUGGAGACUUGGGAUGAGAUGAGGAGUCUCAUGCGGAAAAGGUUCGUGCCGAGCUACUAUAGCCGUGACUUACACCGACGGUUACAAUCUCUCACCCAAGGUUCCUUGUCAGUCGAGGAUUAUUAUAAAGAGAUGGAGAUGGCCAUUAUGAAGGCAGACUUGCGUGAGGAUGGAGAAGCCACUAUGGCUCGAUUUUUGCAUGGUUUGAGGCCCGAGAUUGCCGAAGUAGUGGAAUUCCAACACUACCUCGACAUGAAUGAAAUGUUAGAGAAGGCGGUUACAGUUGAACGACGCCUCAAGAGGAGGGGAAGUACACGGUCUAGCACCACGUACCAAGCUAGAAAUUGGCGUACCCCUCAACCAAAGAGGGAGGAGAAGGCCACAGCUCCGUCUCAACCACCAAGGCCGAAUGCCUUUCCACUCAAGGCAACGGCCAAACCUGAAUUUAAGGCUAAUAAUGGAGCUUCUAAGCCGCGUGGCCGAGACACUAAGUGCUUUAAGUGUCAAGGCUAUGGUCAUAUCGCAUCUCAAUGUGCCAACCAAAGGGCUAUGCUACUAUUGCCAAAUGGCGAGAUUGUGUCCGAUGAAGAGGAGGAAUACGAAGGGAUGCCACCUCUAGAGGGUGAAGGGGAUGAUUCAAGUGAGGAGGUACCCACACAUGAGGAGAUUGGAUGCUUGGUGGUUCGAAAGGUCCUCACCACCCGCGCGAAGGAAGAGGAAAUAGAGGUACAACGGGAUAACCUUUUCUACACGAGAUGUCAUAUCAAGGAUAAGGUUUGUAGUGUUGUUAUUGAUAGUGGGAGUUGUGCCAAUGUAGCUAGCCUACUCAUGGUAGAGAAGCUAGGGCUCCCAGUCAUCAGACAUCCUAGACCUUAUCGCCUUCAAUGGUUGAACAAUGAAGGGGAGGUCCGUGUAUUUCGACAAGUGAAAGUGCCAUUUCGAAUUGGCAAGUAUGAAAAUGAAGUCACUUGCGACGUAGUGCCAAUGCAAGCAAGCCAUCUCAUUUUUGGGCGACCUUGGCAAUACGACCGAGAUGUGGAGUUCAAAGGGAAAGCCAACAAAUACGUCUUUACUCAUUGUAAUCGAAAAAAGAGUUGGUCAUCUCAUCCAUACCUACUGACUCUUUACCUCCUUGUAUCUUUGUCUCUUUUACAAGAAUUUGAGGACAUUUUUCCUGAGGAUGUGCCCGAUGGACUACCACCCUUAAGGGGAAUCGAGCACCAGAUUGACAUCAUUCCUGGAGCUCCAUUACCUAACAAACCGGCCUAUCGCAUGGGCCCUGAGGAAACUAAGGAGUUGCAAAGGCAAGUAGAGGAGUUACUAAGGAAAGGUUGGGCUCGCGAAAGUCUAAGUCCGUGUGCUGUACCUGUGAUUCUCGUGCCUAAGAAGGAUGGAACUCGGAGAAUGUGUACUGACUGUAGAGCAGUCAGCACGAUCACGGAAAGGCUAUACGCCAACCUUAAGAAGUGCACAUUUUGCACUGACCGUGUUGUGUUUCUAGGAUAUGUGGUAAGUGCGCAGGGCAUUCAUGUGGAUGCAGAAAAGGUCAAGGCCAUCCAAGAGUGGCCAACACCUACCUCUGUAAGUGAAGUGCGCAGCUUCCAUGGCCUAGCAAGCUUCUACCGCCGCUUCGUGAAGGAUUUUAGCACCAUUGCUGCACCUCUUACCACGGUCAUGAAAAAGCACGAGAAGUUCUUUUGGGGGGAAGCACAAGAUAAGGCCUUGCAAUUAUUAAAACACAAACUCACACAUGCACCACUUCUUGCACUACCUAACUUUGAUCUUACUUUUGAAGUGGAAUGUGAUGCAUCAGGUGUUGGAGUAGGAGCCGUACUAAUGCAAGGUGGCAAGCCAAUCGCCUAUUUCAGUGAAAAGCUAAGUGGCGCGGCUCUCAACUACUCUACAUAUGACAAGGAGUUGCUCGCCCUUGUACGUGCCUUAGAGACCUGGCAACACUACCUCCGCGCUAGGGAAUUUGUCAUCCAAACUGACCAUCAGUCCCUCAAGCACCUUAAAGGACAACAAAAAUUAAGCAAAAGGCAUGCCCGAUGGGUAGCCUUCAUCGAGUCAUUCCCAUACGUCAUCAAGUACAAGACAGGUAAGUCUAAUGUAGUGGCUGACGCUUUAUCUCGUAGACACAUCUUGCUCACUGCUUUAGAUGCAAAACUCCUAGGGUUUGAGCUUAUGAAAGACUUGUAUACAAGUGACCCUGACUUUUCAAAUGCCUAUGGGAAUUGUGGGAGGGCUAACUUUGAAAAAUUCUAUGUGCAUGAUGGUUUCUUAUUCUAUCUUACUAAGUUAUGCAUUCCCCAAGGUUCUAUUCGUGACUUACUUGUCCAUGAGUCACACAGUGGUGGACUAAUGGAACACUUUGGUGUCACCAAGACUUUAGCUAUGUUGCAGGAUCACUUCUCCUGGCCACGCAUGCGCCGGGAUGUGGAGAGGAUUGUUGAACGGUUUUCCAAAAUGGCUCACUUUAUUGCAUGUCAUAAAACGGAUGAUGCUUUGCACAUUGCUGACUUAUUCUUUAAAGAAGUUGUUCAUUUGCAUGGCAUACCUAGGACUAUCGUGUCUGAUAGAGAUGUCAAGUUUUUGAGCUAUUUCUGGAAAUCUCUAUGGGAUGGCAAGAAGAAGGCUGAGUUCGUUAGGACAUUGCACGACAAGGUUCGUGCCAACAUCGAGAGGAGGACGGCCCAAUAUGUACAACAAGCAAACAAGCACAGGCGCCAGCUUGUCUUUGAACCUGGCGAUUGGGUCUGGUUACACUUGCGCAAGGAGAGAUUCCCAAAGCAACGACACAGCAAGCUAUCACCAAGAGGAGAUGGGCCUUUUCAAGUCCUUGAGCGCAUCAACGACAAUGCCUACCGCUUAGAUUUGCCUGGUGAGUAUAAUGUUAGUGCUACAUUCAAUGUCGCUGAUUUAAGUCCGUUUCUUGCAGGGGACGAGCACGAUCUGAGGGCAAAUCCUUUUCAAGAGGAGGGGAAUGAUGCGGACGAGGCCCAUGGUGUUCAAGUAGACCCUGUAAAGGUGCCCCAAGGGCCAGUGACACGAGCACGAUCCAAGAGAUUCAAGGAGUCGCUUCAAACCCUGGUUUAUGCCAUCCAAGCCCAAGAGAAACCGCCCAUUGAAGGGAUUGAGUUUGAAGAUCCUGGCGAGACUACUAAAGCUUCCGGGAUUCAAACUGACACCUCCAUGCUGAUUGAUGAGGUGAUGGAUACUGUACAGAGUCCACUCCCUGAGGGCGCUGAGGAGGAUCCGGAGGAGGACCCUAAGGAGAAGGUUCCACCUGAUAGCCCUACCGUGGAAUAG